UGAAGAGGGCACAGGUCCCACACGCGCAGUGGCUGGUGGAAGAGUUUUAAUGUGGGGGAUUUCACUACUGCUCCUCUUCGCGUCAUGCGAAUUGUUUGACAAAUGAAGAGACGCACUUUAAAAGCAUGAAAACAAAGUUAUUAUACGGAUGCGACAGAAAAGCGGACACUUAGUUCUUCCUCAAAUAGCUUCGCCAAAAUAUUUUUGCACGUAUACGCUACUGAAGAAGCCAUGGAACCGAUAACGAAGUGGACGCCGAAGCAAGUUGUAGAAUGGAUGAAAGGUUUGGAUGAAAGCUUGCAGCAAUACGUGAGCAACUUUGAGCGGGAGAAAAUCAGUGGAGAACAGUUACUGAAGAUCACGCAUCAAGACUUGGAGGAGCUCGGUGUGGCAAGAAUUGGACACCAGGAGCUGGUGCUGGAAGCUGUUGAUCUGCUAUGCGCUCUGAACUAUGGUGUGGAGACAGACAACUUGAAGGACCUAGUGGUGAGGAUGAGAGCAGCCACCAACAGUCUCCACAUGGCCACAUCUGAUCGCAGGAAGAGCCCCGUGUAUGAUGAGAGUACCUCUCGCAAGCCACCGAAUGACUUUCUCACAUGUGUGGUGGAGCUCAUUGGUGCUGCUAAGAGCCUCCUGGCUUGGCUUGACCGGACACCUCUCACAGGGAUCAGUGACUUCACAGCCACCAAGAACAAGAUCAUUCAUCUCUGCCUGGAGCUCACCACUACAGUUCAACAGGACUGCUGUGUUUAUGAGAUGGAAGAAAAAAUCCUAGAAGUAUCCAAGAUUUUGAACAACAUCUGUGAUCAGACUGUGAGAACCACCUCUGACCCUCUGAUGAGCCAGUCUGCUUGCUUGGAGGAAGUCCAGCUGACCAAUAUCAAACCCGGUGAAGGACUGGGGAUGUAUAUUAAGUCGACAUAUGAUGGCUUACAUGUCAUUACUGGAACCACAGAACAUUCCCCUGCUGACCUGACCAGGAAGAUCCACGCUGGUGAUGAAGUGAUUCAAGUCAAUCAACAGACAGUGGUGGGUUGGCAGCUGAAAAACCUGGUCAUGAAACUAAGGGAGGAUCCCAAAGGUGUGUUCCUCCUCUUAAAGAAGCGACCCACAGGAACAACGGGUUUUACCCCCGCCCCUCUCAAGAAUAUGCGCUGGAAGCCUCCUGUACCUCAGAACAAUUCCUGUAUGAUCCGAGCCCAGUCCCCCUGCAGUACGGCUAACGGAUCAACCAAAAAGGAGAAACCAGCGUUCCUUGAUUUUUACAUCCCGCCUCCCCCUCAAAUGCCGUACACGCCAAGAGAGGGAAGAACAGACGCCUUCUCUAGCUUUAUUAAAAGGCCAAAAGGCUCAGAGUCGCCCAAUUCCUUCCUGGACCAGGAGAGUAGGAAACGCUGCACCAUUGCAGAUUAUGACAAACUAAGUGUCGGCUAUCCAAUCGAUGCCAAUGUCAUCCAGCCCAGAAUGAGGGAGCACAAGAAUUCUCGUGGUAAGCCCCGGCCACUCUCCAUGCCUGUGGAUACUUGUGUUGCAAUUAUAGAUCCCUUUGCUAAGCCAUGGGCACAGAACAGGAAAGGUGAGGACCUCAUGUUUAGAUACCUGAGCAAUGAGAGGAUCCCCACCAUAGCCGAGGAAGUGGCAUCAGCGUCUCCGUCCACCUGCAUGCCGACCGGGGAGCGUCGGCUAGUCAGAUUGGACCAUAUCCGAGGCAGUCGCUACUACUCAAACUCCGACCUCCACAACAGCGCCACCAUCCCCUACCAGGAGGAUGUCAAGAAAGCGCCAGUAGCUGCGGUCUCCAAGCGCACAACGGCCGAACAUUCGCUACUGGUCAGUUGGAUCACGAGACUUAAACUGUUGACUCAAUGAUGAUCCGCUUCCUAUUUGGGGCUUCCUGUUCCUGUUUCCUCGGUGCCUUAGAUUUUUAAAGUCUGGCUAUUUUUUGCCGGCAGCUUGUGACUCUCUUGCACUCUCUUGCCAACUCUGUUUCCCUGGUUUUGACUACUCGUACCAACUACUACUCAUCCACACAGUCUGCAUUUGUCGUACCAGUGUCCGACAUAAAGCCUUUCUUCUUGGUGACCCAAUGAGCCAGUUUGUGGUGGCCCUGUCAGAAGCGUCACUGAGCCUGUAUGGCCAUUAUAUAAUACAUUAGUUUUCGUCACUAUUUGGCUUAUCAAUAGAGGGUUAAUAGAGUUUGGACAAAAUGAAAUUGAUAAAAAUAAAAUGAAGAGGGAAAAAUUACAAUAAGAAUACUUGAAAACGAUUGAAAGUGUUUUUAGAUAAGCAGGAUAAAUAGUAUACAGUUAUUGCUGAGUAAAAUUAAUUAGUUUUUAUUAUUACCUAUGCUUCAGCAAAACAAUUGAUGCUGUGUUAACAAUAGGAAUGACACACUGCCGUAAAGUGUCAUGGUGUUGGUGCUCGUUGUGCACUACAACCUUGAUGAUGAAUAAAGCUUUUGUUAGCAUUUUUUUUCUGCACACUAUUGGACAGAAUAGUCUUAUAAUGAAGCUUCACGUUGUGUCGCUGCCCGUAUUCCUUGCUGCAAUUCCGUUGUCCCCCUGCUGCUGGAACAAAUCAAUUAGCGUCAGGGGACAUGAGGCUAACCCCGAUUCAUGCCCUUGUAUCCAUUCAAGCAAGCACGUUUUGUUCUUGCAUCAUUUAAAACAUCCUGCUUCUGCCAGCUUAUGUCAGAAAUCAAUGCACUUUUGCACCAAAAAUUGACUUGGAAAUUUGUACUGGCCUGACCAAGCCAGCGUCUGAAGGUAGGUAGUGUUUGUGGCCCGACAGCGGUGUAUUGCCCUGGGCCAUCGGGCCACCAUUAAUGUCGAACCCUGAAUACUGUACUAAGCACAUUACAUCUUCACUCCUUUAACCCUGACUACAACUAAGUCUCAUCUUGCCCUCAACAUAAUCCGUUUCUUCAGGUUAGGAUACUGUGCUGUCUGUGACCCACAAUGUACAUAUUACGUUAUGCCUCUGCCUGGUAUUAUUUUGGUCAUUUUCCUAUUUUUGUUCUGUUUCCAUCAAUAAGUUAUAAACUGAGGACCACGCUGUUUUUGUGAAUGCAAUUGUGCAUGUUUUCGAUUCCUUUUAUGAUAGCCCCUCGAUAGCGUUUUCCUCUGCCGAUGGUUGCCUCUUGUAAGCUAUGCAUAUCCUUCCAAUAAUCGUUUUGAUUGUCACUUCAAUUGCUGCGAUGGUUGGAGAAAGGAUGUUUUCAUCGCCGUCACUAACAAAUGUUUGUGUUGGGUUGAGCGUAGUAUUUUUCAGUUUUGUUUCAGUUUACUCUGCCAUUACCCAACUCAUGGGGAGCAUACAUGCAGCUGGAUUACAAUAAUAACUGGCCUUUUUUAAACCAGGGUGUUAGUUACUUUUGAACCAAUGUUUUUGUCCACACAGGUCAACUUACCUUGUGCUAGCUCAUGCAAUGGAAAGACUUCGGAUCACAUCAGACAGUAUUGUUUAAAAGUAAUGUACUGAGAGCAAGGUUCCGUUAUUGCUUGAUAUGCCUUUUUGUAAUAAAGUGCAUAGCAUUUUAUUAAAAAGUACCGUUUGUUGCAGUCA